GAGUAUGUCACUCGUCGAAACGUCGCAGUUUGAAGACACCGCCACCCGGCAGGAAGCCCGAGAACACUUCGCCAGCUCUAUACGCCGGGAAAGCGGAUGUCGUUUAGCCAGUGGGCGUGCUUCCUCUGCAUGGUUGGGUCCGAACCAGAAUUUACGCCGUCGUGUGUCUGGAAGUGAGUGGGAGACGCACCAGAAGUGCAGCAGCGACGGAGCAGCAGUCGCGGACGGACCAGCAAGCAGUCGGUUUGUUGGUAUCGACCAGGGAAGACAUAUCCGUGCGGUGCAGUCGGCUGGGUCCGCUGGCAGCCCCUGCGCAGUGUCGGAACGUGCGUUGAGCUGUCCGAUCGCUACGAGCUUCGUGGUUCACCGACCCAGGACGUCAAAAUUGAGUAGUGGUUUCAAGUAUCCAAGCCAUGUCCAUUCUUGUUGUGGUGGUUCGUUUCGGUGGUUUGCUCUUGGGGAGUUUUCUCGUGAGCAACACUGAGUGUUUCUUCUGCUGAAAUUUAGCUGCAAUGCGGUGCAAUUAACUAUUUUGGUCGACUACAAUUUGAGUGCACCAGUGGAAUUUUCUGU